UACCGCCUCAGAAAACAGAAGCGAAGUCAUCUUUCCCCUUCUUCGAAGAAAGCCCUAACCCUACCUUUUCCAUACCCUCCUAUUUCUCGCACUACAUUCUCCAUCUCAUCUCGUGAUAUGGCCGGCCGCGGAAAAUCUCUCGGCUCCGGAGCCUCCAAGAAAGCCACCUCCCGGAGCAGCAAGGCCGGCCUCCAAUUCCCCGUCGGCAGGAUCGCCCGUUUCCUCAAGGCCGGAAAGUAUGCGGAACGUGUCGGCGCCGGCGCCCCCGUUUAUCUCGCCGCCGUGCUUGAAUAUCUCGCCGCUGAGGUAUUGGAGCUUGCGGGGAAUGCAGCGAGGGAUAACAAGAAGACGAGGAUCGUACCGAGGCAUAUACAGCUAGCUGUGAGGAACGAUGAGGAAUUGAGCAAGUUGCUAGGAACGGUCACGAUUGCGAAUGGUGGGGUCAUGCCCAACAUCCACAAUCUCUUGCUGCCCAAGAAGACUGGGCCAUCCAAGGCUGUUGCUGCAGAUGAUGAUAGUUGAAUUUUCUGAUGGGUUUUCAGGGUUAGGGUUUUUAAUUUCAAUGGUCUAGAUUUUGUUGUAGGGUUAGAUCUAGGGUUUUGUUUCUCUCUUUUUCAUUUCUUCUUUUGGUUUUUAGGGUAUGGAACUAUUUCCCUUUUGUACACUCAUGGUGAUGGAAUGAUGAAUGUGAAUUUUGAUAUUACUAUUUAUGGA